AUGGCGAAGCAGCAGCAGCAGGUCUCCGCCGGCGUGGAGGCCACGGGCCGGCAGGCGGCGUCGUUCCUGCUCGGCUGCGUGGCCGCGCUCACCGUCGUGCUGCUCCUGGAGCGCCGCCCCGAGGAGCUCACCAGGGCGCCGAUGGUGCAAUUCUUCGGAGGGACAGCGACACGGACAUCAUCAUCAUCGUCACCAGCGGCAGCGUCGUCGUCGUCGUCCUCCUCCUCCUCCUCUUCCUCUUCACCACCAGCGGCAGGUGAACAUGCAGCCCAUCGUCAGACGACGACUAACGCCGCCACGAAGCCGCCGCCUCCUGCUGCUACCACUACCGCCGCCGCCGGUGAUCCACGCCUUCCGCCGCCCAAUUCCACCACCAAUCACGGAAAAGAGGGCGCGGCCAGCGGCGAGGCGGAGGAAGAGGAAGAGGAAGAGGAGUUCCGCGGGCUUGCUGCGGCGGUGUCGCGGGCGGCGACGGCGGACGACCGGACGGUGAUCGUGACGUGCGUGAACCAGGCGUGGGCGGCGCCCGGGUCGCUGCUGGACCUGUUCCUGGAGAGCUUCCGCGUGGGCGACGGCACGGCGCCCCUGCUGCGCCACGUGCUCAUCGUGGCCAUGGACCCGGCCGCCAUGGCGCGGUGCCGCGUCCUCCACCGUCACUGCUACCACUACGCGCCGUUGCCCGGCGUCGACUUCGCCUCCGCCAAGUUCUUCCUCUCCAAGGACUACCUGGAGCUGGUGUGGAGCAAGCUCAGGCUCCAGCGCCGCGUGCUCCAGCUCGGCUACGCCUUCCUCUUCACGGACGUGGACGUGCUGUGGUUCCGGAACCCGCUGAAGCACGUGACGGCGUACGCGGACAUGAGCGUCUCCAGCGACGUCUUCUUCGGCGACGCCGACAACGUCGACAACUUCCCCAACACGGGCCUCUUCCACGUCAAGCCCAACAACCGGACGAUCGCCAUGACGGCGGCGUGGCACGAGGCGAGGCAGAGGUUCCCGGGGAAGAACGAGCAGCCGGUGUUCAACGCCAUCAAGAAGGGGCUCGUCGCCGACCUCGGCCUGCGCCUGCAGUACAUCGACCCGGCCUUCGUCGCCGGCUUCUGCAGCUACGGUAAGGAUCUCGGCAAGGUGUGCACCAUGCACGCCAACUGCUGCGUCGGCCUGCGUAACAAGCUCGCGGACCUCAGGACCGUGCUCGACGACUGGAAGAACUACACCGCCAUGCCGCACUGGGCCAGGCACCAGGCCAAGUGGACCGUCCCGGGAGCAUGCAUCCAUUGA